AUGAGAGAAAUUCUAAACAUUCAAGGAGGCCAAUGUGGCAACCAAAUUGGUGCAAAGUUUUGGGAAGUCAUCUGCGACGAGCACGGCAUCGAUCCAACCGGGCAGUACAAUGGCUCGACCGCGGAUUUGCAACUCGAGCGUAUUAAUGUGUACUACAAUGAGGCAUCCGGCGGUCGUUAUGUUCCCCGGGCUGUGCUUAUGGAUUUGGAGCCUGGUACUAUGGAUAGUAUUAGGGCCGGCCCGUAUGGGCAGAUAUUUCGGCCCGAUAAUUUUGUUUUCGGGCAGUCGGGUGCGGGGAAUAAUUGGGCGAAGGGGCAUUAUACCGAAGGCGCGGAGUUGAUUGAUUCGGUUCUUGAUGUUGUUAGGAAGGAGGCUGAGAAUUGUGAUGCCAUGCAAGGUUUUCAAGUAUGUCACUCGCUUGGCGGUGGCACUGGGUCGGGAAUGGGGACACUCUUGAUUUCUAAGAUACGAGAGGAAUUCCCCGAUAGGAUGAUGCUCACAUUCUCCGUUUUCCCUUCGCCUAAGGUUUCAGAUACGGUUGUUGAACCCUACAACGCAACGUUGUCUGUUCAUCAACUGGUCGAAAAUGCCGACGAAUGUAUGGUCCUUGACAACGAGGCGCUUUAUGACAUUUGCUUUAGGACUUUGAAGCUUACCACACCAAGUUUUGGUGAUUUGAAUCAUUUGAUCUCGAUAACAAUGAGCGGUGUAACGUGUUGCUUGAGGUUUCCAGGUCAACUGAACUCUGACCUACGUAAGCUAGCGGUUAACCUAAUCCCAUUCCCACGUCUCCAUUUCUUCAUGGUGGGAUUUGCACCCUUGACUUCUCGUGGGUCCCAGCAGUAUGUCUCUCUUAGCGUCCCAGAACUGACUCAGCAGAUGUGGGACGCUAAGAACAUGAUGUGUGCUGCUGACCCUAGACAUGGCCGAUACCUCACUGCAUCGGCCAUGUUUAGAGGUAAAAUGAGCACCAAAGAGGUUGAUGAACAAAUGAUCAACGUUCAAAACAAGAACUCGUCGUAUUUUGUUGAGUGGAUUCCAAACAAUGUUAAAUCAAGCGUUUGUGACAUCCCACCAACCGGGAUGAAAAUGUCUUCCACAUUCGUUGGAAACUCGACUUCAAUUCAAGAAAUGUUUAAACGCGUGAGUGAACAGUUUACAGCCAUGUUUAGGCGAAAGGCGUUUUUGCAUUGGUACACUGGAGAAGGGAUGGAUGAGAUGGAGUUCACCGAGGCGGAAAGCAAUAUGAACGAUUUGGUGGCGGAGUACCAGCAGUACCAGGAUGCUACCGCGGAUGACGGGCCAGGUGAAGAAGAUGAGGAAGGUGAAGAAGAGGAUGAGUAAUUAAAUUCACCCAACUCAUUCUAUGCUAAUGAUCAAGAGUUAUGUAUUGAUGGAUCCAUUUGGAUUUCUACACAUCAAUUUAUGUUUGUUUUA